UUCUCGUGCUCGCGCAUGUUAAUACAACAUUGUAAAAGAAACUGAGUUCACAUUUUUUUAAAUAUUUAAACUUUGGGCCAUUAUGGCUAUGUAUCGAAUCAUCCGAAAGUAUGGUAUCUUUACUUCUAAUUUUCAGUCAUCUUUCCUACAGGAAAAUAUUUUUUGUAGACGAAUUCACAUUAUGCAGAAAAGUAUUGCUUCUGUAAAUUUCAAUUUCUUCUGGAAUCGUGUAUUAUGCAGUUUAAACAAUACUUCUCUGGAUUAUAACACAUUUGGCUGUAAAUAUUCAGGUGACUCGAGGCGACGCUGUUCUACUGAAGUAAAAUCAAAUGUAAAAGAGAAAGAAAUUGAUAUGGAGUUUACCUUUCAAAAUGAAUUACAUUUACGACAACGACAAGCCCAACAUUCAGUAUUAGUAGAACUACCAAGCAAAGCAGAUGCUCUACCUGCAUGUGCACUCUGUCAAGACUUCGGUGAUAUUGAAAAAGUUUUCAGUUACUCUGGUGAAUCUAAUAAUGUGUUCCUGUUAAUUGAGUUCUCAAAGAAGGAAGCUGUGGAUCGUCUACUUUCCUCCUGUCAAUGCAGUAACAUUUUGGAUGCCUUUCCUGUAUUCUCCCGUCUUAUACAGUAUAAAAGGAAAAAUAAACAUGAACUUCAAAAACUAGAUGUGAAUAUAAUUGAAGAUGCUAAACCUGAAGCAUCUCAGUCAAAUUUAGGGACAAUAUCUGAACUAAUUGAGAGUAUAUACUUAACUGAAAAAUUGUCUGAGCUGAACACCAGAUUGCGAUAUUUUUUUUGCCUACUGUUGAAGGACUCGGUAUCUGGUGUGUUUCCAUACUGUGAAGUUCUGCCCUUUGGGUCAUCUGUAAAUGGUGUUGGAAAACAUGGAUGCGACUUGGACGUUAUUAUUAGACUAUAUCCCAAAAAGAUUGAUUCAGAAAAAGAGCUACUUUUCCUCAGUAAAACUUGUGUAGGUGAUACGAGAGCAUUACAGCAAAGAGCUAUAUUUUGCUUAGGAGACUACAUUCGCACGUUUCUGCCUGGGGUUUCUUCAUUGCAAAAAAUCAUCCAUGCAAGAGUGCCUAUCAUGAAACUAAAACACAAGAUUUUGAAAAUGGAUUGCGAUGUUUCCAUAAAUAACAUGUCUGCUGUCUUGAUGUCAGAAUUGAUAUAUUUUUGUGGUGAAGUUGAUCACAGAGUCAGACCCUUGAUAUAUGCUGUAAAAAAAUGGGCCAAAGAAGCAAACAUAACUUCUGAAAGCCCUGGAACUUGGAUCACAAAUUUUGGUCUGUCUAUGCUUGUUUUAUUUUUCCUCCAAAAUAGACCAUUGCCUAUUUUGCCUGCUUUUAAUGAUGCUGUUCAAAUAAUAGAUGAAGAAUCAUCAACACAGCUAAAAGUCCUUUAUAAGCAAUCACUUUCAGACUUAAGAAGUAAAGCUUCUUUAAAUAAAGAAACUUUAGCUGUUCUAUUACAAGAAUUCCUUACAUUUGUGGGAACAUACCCUUUUAAUGAAAAUCACAUUUCUCUGCUCACUGGAUCCGCCCUUCCCAGAAAUGAUGGAAGUCCCCUCUGGAUUCAAUAUCCUAUGGAAGAAGAUCUUAAUGUGACCAAAAAUGUAUCGCAUCAUGAAAUGUGGGACUUGUGUGAAAAAGCAUUUGCCUCGAGCAAGUACUUGGCUUCAAAUAUGAAUUACAAAGUCAACAAGACACGGGACUUGGCUUCACUUUUGGGAAUACCAAACAUCAAAAGACUUGAAUUCAAAAAAUCACCCAAGUUAGAUGUAGGAUUGUUAAUGAAUGAUAGUCAUAACAAAAAUGUGAAAAAGAAACCAGUAAAGAAAAGAGCUUUUUAGUUGUAAAUAAAUUAUGUUUUAUAUAGCAAAUGAUAAG